AUAUUUCUCUCUCUCUCUCUCUCUCACUCCUUUUCUUCUCCAUUACACAUACAGUCCUACACUCAAAAAACUCACAAACAGAAAAAGAAAAAAAAAAUCAACAGUCAUUUUACAUUUAUGUAUCUCAAUCUAUCUCCUUCACCAUAAUCCAAUUCCUCAAAAACACUGCCAUGGGAGUUGUUGACAUGUCGAAUAAUCAUCCUCCUUCUCAUGAGACCAAAGAUUUUUUCCCCUCUCCCGCUCUUUCUCUCAGUCUCGCUGGAAUUUUCCGAGAUGGCGGUGGAGCGGGGAGUAGUGCCGGAAACAUGGAGACAACGGAGGAGGUUGAUGACGGAAGUUUGGCGGCCAGCAAAGGCGGGCGGCCAAGAGAAGAAACGACGGUGGAGAUUAGCAGCGAGAAUUCGGAACCAAUGAAAUCAUCACGUGGUUCAGAUGAUGAUUUUGAGCAUGACGAUACUUGCAACGAAGACGAAGAUGAUCCCAACAACAGUAACAAGAAGAAGAAAAGAAAGAAAUAUCACAGACACACUGCUCAACAAAUCAGAGAAAUGGAGGCCUUAUUCAAAGAGUCGCCCCAUCCAGAUGAGAAGCAAAGGCAGCAACUCAGCAAGCAAUUAGGCCUUCAUCCAAGGCAAGUUAAAUUCUGGUUUCAAAAUCGGCGAACUCAAAUAAAGGCAAUACAGGAGCGCCAUGAAAACUCAUUGUUAAAAGCUGAAAUUGAAAAACUUCGUGAAGAAAAUAAGGGAUUAAGGGAGACCUCAAAGAAUCCUUCUUGUCCUAAUUGUGGGUUUGCUAGCUCUAGCAAUGAUGCUCCUGUUGUUCCUGCUGAAGAACAACAAUUACGAAUCGAAAAUGCCAGACUUAGAACUGAGGUUGAAAAGCUUAGGGCAGCUAUGGGAAAAUACCCACUUGGUUCAUCACCGAACAGCUCCUCAUGUUCAGGAGGAAAUGAUGAAGAAAAUAGAAGCGCUUUAAAUUUUUACACCGGCAUUUUUGGGCUUGAAAAAUCAAGGAUUAUGCAUGUUGUUAAUCAAGCAAUGGAACAACUUAAAAAGAUGGGAACUAGUGGAGAACCACUGUGGAUCAGAAGCUUUGAGACUGGAAGAGAAAUACUUAAUUAUGACGAAUACAUGAAAGAGUUUCCUAUGGAAAAAUCUGGAGACGUAAAACCUAAGAGAAUGUGUAUUGAAGCCUCCAGAGAGACAGGAAUAGUAUUCAUGGAGCUCCCCCGACUUGUUCAGACUUUUAUGGACGUGAACCAAUGGAAAGAAAUGUUCCCAUCCAUGAUCUCAAAGGCAGCAACAGUAGACGUGAUAUGUAAUGGUGAAGGUGUUAAUAACUGGAAUGGUGCGGUUCAGCUAAUGUUUGCAGAGGUGCAGAUGCUAACGCCAGUAGUGGGGACGAGGGAAGUGUAUUUUGUGAGAUAUUGCAAGCAAAUCAGUGCAGGACAGUGGGGGAUUGUGGACGUUUCUGUGGACAAGGUUGAGGACAACAUUGACACUUCUCUCGUGAAAUGCAGAAAAUUACCCUCCGGCUGCAUUCUCCAAGAACAAUCCAAUGCCCACUGCAAGGUAACGUGGGUGGAACAUUUGGAGUGCCAAAAAAGCAUAGUUGACUCUCUGUACCGUGUUAUUGUCAACAGUGGUCAAGCUUUUGGAGCAAGACGCUGGAUGGCUACUCUCCAGGAGCAAUGUGAGCGCCUCCUCUUCUUCAUGGCCACCAACAUUCCCACCAGGGACACAACUGGUGUUGCGACACUUGCUGGUAGAAAAAGUAUACUGACAUUGGCACAAAGAAUGACUUGGAGUUUCUACCGCAUGGUUGGAGCUUCUAGUUAUAAUACAUGGAACAAGGUCCCAAGCAAAACUGGCCAAGAGGAUAUUAGGGUGGCCUCUAGGAAGAACUUAACAGAUCCUGGUGAACCCCUAGGUGUGAUUCUCUCUGCGGUUUCAUCCAUUUGGUUGCCAGUUUGUCGCAACAUACUAUUUGAUUUCUUGAAAGAUGAAAACCGUCGACAUGAGUGGGAUAUCAUGUCAAAUGGAGCUCCCGUGCAAUCCAUAGCAAAUUUAGCCAAAGGUCAAGACAAAGGAAAUGCAGUCUCAAUCCAAGCAGUGAAAUUAAGAGAAAACAACAUGUGGAUCCUCCAAGAUACUAGCACCAAUGCUUAUGAAUCUGCAGUUGUCUAUGCCCCAGUCGACAUAGCAGGCAUGCAAUCUGUUAUAACAGGCUGUGACUCGAGCAAUAUUGCUGUGUUACCUUCGGGUUUCUCAAUCCUCUCUGAUGGCCUAGAGUCUAGGCCUUUUUUUAUCACUUCUAGACCAGAGGACAGAAGUUCAGAAGGAGGAUCCUUGCUAACAGUCGCCUUUCAAAUUCUAGCUAGCAAUUCUCCAACAGCAAAACUUUCUAAGGAAUUUGUUGAAUCCAUCAACAACCUUUUAUCGUGUACAUUGCACAAGAUCAAGACAAGUUUCCAAUGUGACAAUGGAUACUAAUUCUUGUAGGUGAGAUAGAAAGAUGCUAAUUUCAUUAUACAGAUAAUAUAGUUCUUCUCCUUUAACCUUUUCAUUUGAAUAGACUGAUGAAAAGGAUUCAGAGACAGUGGGUUCUUCCCCGUUAUUGUAAUUCCCCGCCCAUCCAGAUAGUAAAGGAAACUUGUUCAAACACAAAAAUUUACAUACUAUAAGAAUUUUCGUCGAUUCA